AUGGAUGAGAACGUCCAUAUCGGCCUUCGCUUUGCGUACAUUGGCCACAAUGUAAUGGACGUCCCCAACAAGUGGCCUUUGGAGGAGUUCCUGAAGACGAUCCGCAGGCCAAAAACGCACCGCAUCGCCACAAUGCUGCUGCCGCGAUUCCAGUUGGACUUCACGCCUCAGUCGAGAAUGGAUGCAUUGUCUCAUGUGGAGCAGACGUUGUUGGAUGCCAAUGACGAGAUGGGAAGGGUAUGGCUGCCUCCGGGCCGGCACGUCCUUGGGGCGGAGGCAGCCCGUCUUCUCCGCCCCCAUCUGUUGGGGGCGGCCGUGCGGCCGCACGACAGGAGGCUGGGCUUGCCCUUUCUAGAGUGA